GUCAGUCAGGUCGGGAGCGCGGCGAAGGACCGCGGAGACCUGGGCGGCUGACAGGGGCCCGGGCGGCUGCCGCGCUGUCCGCUCAAGAUGGAGUUCCUCCUGGGGAAUCCGUUCAGCACCCCGGUGGGGCAGUGCCUCGAAAAGGCAACAGACGGCUCCCUGCAAAGUGAGGACUGGACGUUGAACAUGGAGAUCUGUGAUAUCAUCAAUGAGACGGAGGAAGGGCCAAAGGAUGCCAUUCGAGCCCUGAAGAAGCGAUUGAACGGGAACCGGAACUACAGAGAAGUGAUGCUGGCGUUAACAGUGCUGGAGACAUGUGUGAAGAACUGUGGCCACCGCUUCCACAUUCUCGUGGCCAACCGAGAUUUCAUCGACAGUGUUCUGGUCAAAAUCAUCUCUCCCAAGAACAACCCUCCCACCAUUGUACAGGACAAAGUGCUCGCUCUGAUCCAGGCGUGGGCUGAUGCCUUUCGAAGCAGUCCUGACCUCACCGGUGUUGUGCAUAUAUAUGAGGAGCUGAAGAGGAAAGGGGUCGAGUUUCCCAUGGCAGACUUGGACGCUCUGUCUCCCAUACACACACCACAGCGGGCAGCUGCGGCGAGAAGUGCUGUCCUGAGUGGGGUAGGUGCCAGGCCCAGCCACACAGGCAGCCCAAGUGAACAGAGGACUUUGUUGUUGCCAUGCCAGAGCGUCCCUGAAGUGGAUCCAGCCAUGACCAUGCCCAGGUCCCAGUCGCAGCAGAAGACAAGUGCCGGCUCCUAUUCCUCGCCUCCUCCUGCUCCCUCUUCUGCUCUGCAGGCCCCGGCUCUGAGUGUGACUGGCCCCAUCGUGGCCAAUUCAGAACAGAUUGCCAGGCUGCGGAGUGAACUGGAUGUUGUUCGAGGAAACACAAAAGUCAUGUCCGAGAUGUUAACAGAAAUGGUCCCCGGGCAGGAGGAUUCUUCGGAUCUGGAGUUGCUGCAGGAGCUGAACAGGACCUGCCGGGCCAUGCAGCAACGCAUUGUAGAGCUCAUCUCCCGAGUGUCCAACGAGGAGGUCACUGAGGAGUUGCUGCAUGUCAAUGACGACCUCAACAACGUCUUUCUCCGAUAUGAGAGGUUCGAACGAUACAGGUCGGGCCGAUCAGUUCACAGUGCCAGUAAUGGAGUACUGAAUGAAGUGACCGAAGACAACUUAAUAGACCUGGGGCCGGGGUCUCCAGCGGUGGUGAGCCCCAUGGUGGGGAACACGGCGCCUCCAUCUUCUCUCUCCUCCCAGCUUGCAGGCUUGGACUUGGGGACAGAGAGCGUCAGUGGCACCCUCAGUUCACUCCAGCAGUGUAAUCCCCGCGACAGCUUUGACAUGUUUGCCCAGACAAGAGGGAACUCCUUGGCCGAGCAACGCAAGACGGUAACCUACGAAGAUCCCCAGGCUGUCGGAGGACUUGCUUCUGCACUAGAUAGUCGGAAACAGAGCUCCGAAGUGAAGAGAGGUAAAGGUGGGGACUCUGACCUGGAGCCCAUAGACAGCUGGCUCAUAACCCAAGGAAUGAUCCCCGUUGCGCAGCCGUCUGUCAUGGACGACAUUGAGGUGUGGCUCAGGACGGACCUGAAGGGCGAUGACCUGGAGGAGGGCGUCACAAGUGAAGAGUUCGAUAAAUUCCUUGAAGAAAGAGCCAAAGCUGCUGAAAUGGUUCCCAACCUCCCCUCACCCCCAGUGGAGGCCCCAGCCCCGGCUUCAAACCCCUCCGGCAGGAAGAAGCCAGAGCGGUCAGAGGAUGCCCUCUUUGCUCUGUGAGCUGUUCUGUGAUUUGGCUCCCCAGAUGGCAGGUCACCUCUCGUCCCCAUGGUCCACACCAGGCACUGGCCACUCCUCCCAUCUCCAGCCCCAGUCGGUCCUGCGCUGCUGUAUCUCCAUGGAAAUGCCACUGUGUUUGCUCCCAGGCCUCUCACUAGUCUGGACCAGCUUUAGCUAUCUUCUCUCUGGAUGGUGGGACAGCGUCGCUGCAGCCAGAAGCCCCUCACCUCCCCGUCUGUCCCGCCCACAGGCUCUUUCUGCCCAUGUUUCCUCCCAGAAAGAGUGGGCAGCAAGGCCCAACCCCAGGCCAGGCCAUGCCCUGCCCUUGGGACUGUUUCCUGGGCAGCCACCUGGACCGUCUUUCCUCUGGUCACCUGCCCACAGAGAAGAGAGUCAGACCCUGGACCCUUCCCCAUGUGCCCUUUCCCCUGCCUGGUUCCUCAGGUCUCAGGCCAGCCUGCCCUCCUGUGCCCCUCUGUUCCGGAAAGGGCUUGUUUGCACCUGUGGGCUUAGUCUCCCUCCUUGGACUGCUGCUCCCUGACACGUGUCACCUUGUGACAGUUGGCAUGCUCAGCACUUUAGAAGGCUCUGUGGAGUACCUAUUUGUGGGGUCUCUCAUCUUCUUGACCCUCUCUCUAUCACUCAGCUGCUAGCCCAGGCCCAUGACCAAGCUGGCUCAGCAGCCAAGCCUGGGACCAAGGAGCCCCCGAUGGACCCACAAGCUCCUGGUGAAGGGCGACAGAGCCAAGGGCUGCUGGGAGGGCAGCAUGCAACCCACGGAUAGUGGCCGCGUGGUGCUGGUUAGCUCCUGCAGAGAUAACACCGCCAUAAACCAAACUGCCCCCAGCACACUGCAUGCUCCCCCACGUGGUUGGCCCCAUCUGUGGAGGGACCCGCAUGGGGAGGAAUUCCUCUGGCUUGCUUGGGAAAACUGUGGGUUUGUGAGCAUGCUACACCCGGGGCUUUGGCCUGGCCUGUGGCAGCCUCUGUGCCUCUGCCUCCAGGGCCCAGCAGCAGAUGGCUUUGCACCACGCUCAGAGAUCCAAAUGACGGAGGGGUCAGAGUGACACUAAGACCCCUCCACUGCUCCCUGGCGUGCGCCUCAGCCUCCUCCACAGACAGUCCUGACAGCCUGACCUCCCACCCCAGAUCCCCCAGGCCACUGACUUGUACCCUCUCUGCAAGCGAACCAGGAAGGCUAACAGAGCCUGGGGCAGAGAAGCUAGGGGCUUGUGACACCUCCUCCCAUCCUGGGCCUUGCUGGUGUGUCUCCUGGCCAUGGGCAAGGUGCUCAUGGCUCGGCUCAGGCCCGGGUCCAGCCUGACCCAGCCCUGUGUUGCUGUCGCCCAGAAGAACGAACAUGCUGCUACAGCUGCUUCACACCAGCCCCGGGGUCUGCGAGGCUCGGGUCAGUGUUCCAGCAUGUGCUGCCCAGGUGCCAGGGGCAAAACUUGGCUAGGCCACCACGUGUUCCUGACCCAUGGUGUGGUUAGCCCUUCCCACCUGGCAGCUGGAGCAGGGAGAAGAGGCUGGGCCUGACGCAGGCUGAGACCAGUGCCAUGGGCUCUUGGACAAGCAUUUAGGACUGGGACUGGAGCCGAGGGCCGUGCUGAGCACCAACAGGAACAGUUCUGGUGGAGAGCAAGGCACUGCCCACCCUGGAACCCCGUGCCCUGUCUAGCACCACUGUAGCUCCCUCCAGAGAGGAGGCCUGAGGUCUGGCUGGGGGCUGGUCUGGCAGGACCAGCUGGGGACGUCACACUCCAGUUCCUCAGAGGACACCCAGGAUGCUCCUCCUCCACAGCCUGACCUCAGCCCUGCCCCUCUGGCAGCAUGCACCACACCUCCACUCUCCCCCGCCUGCCCCUCGGUCAGCCCUCAUCUCUCUCCUCAACUCUUCCCAAGGGCAGAGCCCUGAAAGCCAGCUUGGAUAUUAAGACAUCUGACGUCAGCUGGCUUGACACAAGCUGCAGAGAAGGUGACUGGGAUGGCACAGUUGUAGCCAGCAACCCUAGCUAGUAUCCCCAGCCCUUUGGUGCAGACUGGAAGGAUUAUCUCCGUGAGGGCCAGGGGCCCAUUUUUGCCAGCCUGCCAGAGCCGGGCCUGUGCUGGUGAGCAGCUGGGCCUCAGGUGGUCAGUCCUGCAGGAGCCCCAGCACCACAACAGCUGGGCCCAGUGUCCUCUGAGGGAAGAGCCAGCCUCCCUGCCUUGCAGAAGGGGAGGUCCCCACAAGACCAGGAGUCUGAGGGGGAGAGCAGGCUCCUGGCGAUGAGUGAAGCUGAGCCAUAUGCCUGUCUGGGGAGACCCCAACAAGGCUGCUCCCCAACUCCAGCCAGUCAGCCAGGCACGGCUUGGAGAGGCCUGGCCACCCUGGGCAGCAGGUGGUGGUGGACUCCUGUGGGCUGGCAGGAAGGCACUGGCCCAUGCAGAGAAGUGUCACCUGCCUUCCCAGCCUGGAGCUGCCCCUCCUUCUCGCACAUCGUGUCCAGAGGCAGCUGCCCCUCCCUGGAGGCUGAGGUGACGCAUGCUUGAGGCCUGCACAGGAAGCCAGUGCAGGCCCUUGAGGGGGUUCUGCCCAGCCAGUCCUGAGGCUAUGGGCACCCUGGGCCACUCGGCUGCACUGCUUGCUCCCUUCCAUCUGGGGAGCUCAGCCCUCAGGCCCCCUGCUUGGGAAAGGGAGCACAGCCCUGGCAGGAAGUGGCCAGAGCUGACCCCCAAGGAGAGUGAGACCCUCACCAGCCACCAGCCUCUCCACAGUGUUAGAAGUCACAGAUACAGUAUGUACUUAAUUACACUAAAUUAUUGCUGAGAUUCUGUAUAAGCACUAAUUAUACCUGAUUAUAGGUUAAAAUAUUUAUUUUGUCAAAAUAUUUUCUUGGGGAUGUGUUUAACCUUUUCUGUGUUCAUUGUGUGCUGAGACGUGAAAACUAACCAUUUCCUCCUGCCUACCUUUUUAGCCAGUGGGCAGCAGUGAAUGGCACUAUGUGCAGUUUGACCCAUGGCACUAGUGGGCCUUUGGUCAGCCUGACCCGGACCCCCCAGGCAUGGAGCAGACCCCUGGGGCCAGGCUGAGAGAGGACUGACUCGCUUAUCACGUGCAUGGCACAAGGGGUUUCAGAGCCCAAAGGGCUUGUUGCUGGCUGGGCCAGAGGGAAAGGUGACUGUUUGUCUGUUGUCUGUCCUCUUGUCUGUCUGUCAGCCCCCUCAGUAUGAGUGACUGUCUGCCUGCCCUUCCCCUUUGCAUGAGGGGUCCAGAGCAAGGGGGCCUGGGGAGGCGUGGGGCCAGCACUGUCACUCAAGGCCCCCAACUGGGAGAGUGGUGUCAAGGGUCAUGGCAGCCUGCGACAGCAGCCACCCAACCUCUUCCUGUGUCACAGGAUAGACAGCUGGGCCACCACUUCGGCUCCUUUCUUCCCACCUGCCGGCACACCCCAGCUUUCUGGAUAGUUUGAGGGGGGCUGCGGGCCAGCGAGGGAAGAGCACCAUAGAGGGAUGCCGUGCCAUCAGCCUGGCCUCAGCCGGCCCACCAUGAGCCUCUCUAUCGUCUGCUGUUAAGACUCUGGGCUCCUCUCCCCUGUCCACCCACAUGGGGAACCCAUGGCUAAGUGUGUGUGCACCCACAGGACGCCCUUGUGGUAUCUGCCUCUUCCAGUGCCCAUCUCCAGCCCUUCCUGUCCAUGGGGUCCAAGCUGGGCUUCCCCUGCAGCCACCAGUCUCCAGGAACAGCUGUCAACCCCAGAGUCACUCUGCUUUUCUUGUGUAUAAAACCUCCAGGCUCUCCUGGAGAAGGGGGGGGUGGAUAUUUAUUUCCAAAAGUUUGCACUUACUUUGUGAGGGGUCUCAGGAUUGUUGGGGGCUAUUGAGAAAAGGAAUGUAUUCAGUUUGUUGUCCAGUCGUCCCAGAAGUCUGGUGUGCUGUCACUGUCAUGUGUUUCUGCCGGCAGAGCCGGUUCUGGAGGGUGGGUCAGUGCACGCGAGGCUCAGCAACACCAAAGCCUCCAUUCACCUACUGGCUCUCCUUCCAGAUAUUGUCUCUCUAGUUUGGGUUCUUGCAUGUAAAAUACUCCACAAUAAACAACAAACAAGCAAA